GAGUGAUGCAAAAGCAAUGGGGCACUGACGGUCAGAGGACAUGCACAGGCCUUCAGCGGGAGAGCGCUGCGGAGAGAAAAUCAGGCUCUACCAAGGAAUCUCCGUCAUCACAAAAUACAAAAUUGAUUUCGCCGUCAGCCAUUUCACAGAUGACCGAUGAGAAUAAAUCAGAAGAAAAUUGGCCCGUUUUGCCUAUGCAGCCCAUGAUCCCCCAGCCCGGUGCUUGUCACACGAAGCAGUCUUUGGCUAACCAUGGUCCAGUCAACGUCAACAGAGCAUUUAUGGCCCUUCCCAGCAGAUUAGAAAUUCAGGCGUCUUCAGGUGACACCAGGUCUCCAUCGGACUCUCCCAUCGCAGAGAGGAAACGGUGUCAAACCCAGCAGAAAGGGUUUUCCUCCAUAACGAUCACAGCCAGGCGGGUUGCCGCAGGCUCCAGCGACCCAGCACGUGGAGCUGGGGCUGUGCAAGAGCCCAACGCCGUGUCCCCGGCCUCGAGCAAAGCCUCUGCUGCCCUCCAUCGCUGGCCUCCUCCAGGCCACGCAACCCAAAAAGUCUCUUCGUUAAAGAUUUCUGAAUCUUGCUCGCAAUUGGGUAAAGAGACACGAAAGCGGAGUUUUGACCCUGGGGACAAGGAGGAUGGCGUGGGUCUUCAAAGCAGGGACGGGAGAGAGAAAGCACCACCUUCAUUCAUCUCGCGUGUCCACCUUCAGGUUUCUCAGCCGUGUCCAAAUACCAUCUAUUAUUUAGACAAGUCUCUCAACGUGUGCAUUGACCAACCUCGAAUUAAAUGCCAAAAAAUUCAUAGAUCAGCGUUGUCCUUCAAUAUAAAUUGCAGUUCGUCUAGAUUAACAGCAGAUGGGGUAGAUGGCAUAGCUAAUGGAGAGCCAAUAGAGAAGCUAUUUAAGACAAAGCUCCUGGGAGAAAGCAAGACUUCACUCAGAACAAACUGGAGUGCAGACUUAACAGAAAAUAAUGUAAUUAAUAAAGAGACAACAAACCAAGACUAUUUGGGUAGCAAAUACCCUUUGCAAAGCAUCUUUCCCUCUGAACUUCCAGCAUUUGUGGCUGUACCCAGUGGACCUCAUAACGUAGUAACAACCAAGAAAGAUGAUGAUGCGCAGCCUGGCAGCUAUCGCACAGCAUUUGCUCUCCAGCUUCCUAAUUCAAGCGAUGAGGCAGCAACAUACAUGCUCUUAGUCGCUGAAAUGAAUUAA